UCGACCAAAUACAUUUAGGCUACGCAAUCAAAAGUUGUGGGAGUUUGACCCCCUCUCACUGUUUGUGCCCUCUGAAAACCUUGAGGUUAGCCUACAUUUAACAGAAUGGAAGCAUACAUACGAUUUUCGCGCAGUAUGGCCAUUUUGGAGACCAUUUGGCUGUUAUAAAGAUGUAAAAGGUUUCCGUAUUGCUUUAUUCGUUUUCCAUCUUCUGCGCUUCAAUGACCAAGCUAGUUGACCGUGGUGCGCAAUUCUCCGCGCUUGGCGUUGGAAUACCAAGACAACAUGAACCCGGGGGCAACGACCUUCGGUUAGGGAUCAGCCCGUAUGGAGAGACCUCUCACUUCGCAGACUUCAAUCUCAUUGCCGCGUGUCAAGACAUUGCCCCUGCAAAGAAGUCCCAGUUGAUUGCCAAAGUCUCUGGAUACGCAGCUGCGCUAGGAAGCCGCUACGGAGGGCACUUCGGUUCACAUGGAUACACAGCUAUCGACUCCAGGAAUUUUACGUUCACCUAUCGCACUCCAGACAUUAUCGAUUCCGCAGCAAGAGAUACUCGGCGCGGAUUUUUCAGCCGCACCUCAACAGGAAGUGUGCGAAUUCCCCCAAGUAUCUCUGAAAACCCAGCGCACACUCUCUUUUCAUCUAUAGGCGAACAGAGCGCAUCCCCAAAUGGAUACAUGGCGAAUAGCAGGGCGCAUUUGGGUACACAGAGAGACAUAUACGUGGGAGCAGAUCCGCAUCAACCAGUCUCCAUCCCGCAUUUCAGUGAUACCCAGCUCCACUUUGAUCACAAUGUGGAUAUGGGCAUGAGAGUGGCAACACAGAAUGGUCACGGUGCUUUCUUUCGAUACAUGCGACAGCCCUCUAAGCAGGACGUCACUUGUAAAUGGAUAGAUGAGAAUCAGACGAAUCAACCCCAAAAAACGUGCGGCAACAUGUUUUGCUCCAUGUUCGAGCUGGUUACGCACGUCUCCAUGGAUCACGUCGGCGGUCCAGACCAGGGUCUGCAUACUUGCUUUUGGGAGGAUUGUCCGAGAUUAGGCAAAUCUUUUAAAGCAAAGUAUAAAUUAGUCAACCACAUUCGUGUACACACUGGAGAAAAGCCAUUCAAUUGUCCGUUUCAUGGCUGUGGAAAAAUGUUUGCCAGGUCGGAAAACUUGAAAAUACAUAAAAGGAUUCAUACUGGUGAGAAGCCCUUCAAAUGCGAAUUCGAAGGCUGCGACAGGCGGUUCGCAAAUAGCAGCGACCGAAAAAAACACAUGCACGUUCAUACCUCAGACAAGCCAUACAUCUGCAAGGUAUGCAACAAGGCCUACACUCAUCCCAGCUCUCUGAGGAAACACUCGAAGCAGGUUCACAAAUCUCAAACCUUGGCGAACUCUCCAACGGGAACUUCUGGAUAUGAGUCGUCCACGCCACCAGCUCCGUGUAGACCUACAUCCUCAACCAUCGAAGACUCGACAAAAACAUCCAUGCUGCUGGUCAAGUCAAUAUUUAAAGAGGAUCUCUCAACCAAAUUGGUUGAAUGGUACGUUUGAAAUGGUUAACUGUCCAAGUAGUCCAAGUGGGAACACUACAACUUCUAUAGAAUUAGGAACACAGGCCUAUAGGCCUACGUUUGCCAAGUUUUCAACAAAGGUACAGAAAACACAGGGUAUAGGCCUAUGCAUUGCCUUAGUGUUACGCUUUAAAGGCCCCAUCAUAAAAUGAUGAUUAAUUGCAAUACUUUUGGAGUGAUCUUUAUUCUGUAUCUUCCCAAAUGUUGGGAAAAGUCUUAUCCUUGGAAUAGCCUACAUAAUUACUAUUUAACAGAUGAAAAUGUGACCCACACAAAGCCUUUAAAUUAAUAGAUAGGCCUCCAAAUAAGCCUAUAGGCUACUGAUAAAUAAACAAAUAAAUUAAACGUGAUGAAAGACAAAAAGAUACGAAAUGAAUAAGAAAAAGCAAAAUAAACCUAUAGAAACUAAGUGUAUAAAAAGAAAGAAGGAAAGCAGAUGACAGAGGAAAUGUAUUAAUACAUUGAGUACAAGGACAGAAUAGGCCUAUUUGCAUGUUAAUAGGCUAGUGCUAGCCGAUUUGAGCUCUUUUGUCAGAAUCUGUUUUAAGACAGAAAAAGAUAGGUCUACUGUGGUCGACAUGCCAUGUCGCCCUUUGAAAACAACAAUAUAAAAAUGAAUUGCUUAAAAUAUACCGUUUAUAAUAUCAUUUAUUUAAUUGUAUUUUUGUUGGAAUUUAUUAUGUUGGUGUAUACAUUUGCGAGAAUAAAUAAAUCAAAUAAAAAUUAUAUUUCUAUUAUAUUCAUAAGAGGCAUGCAACUUCAGUCAACUUUAAUAAGAAACAUGUUUAUGGACAAUUUAUACGAUGUUGAGUCUAAUAACUUAGAUAAGAUCCAUUUGUAUAGAUGUUUAGGCGUUUAUUUUUUUGAUGUUGGGAGUGGUAGCCUACCUUUUGCUAAAUGAGUCACAAGAGCCAGCAUUUGAGGACAAAGCAAAAGUUGACAACCCAUUACUGCCCCCAAGACACAAAAUAAUCUGAAAGUGUUCAGUUGAACAUCAAGUGAAAAUUUGUAAAUACAUCUGGUAGAGGCUUAUGUUGUUCGAUUUAAAUACAUCUGGUAGAGGCCAAUGUUGUUCAGUUCGAUUUAAAUACAUCUGGUAGAGGCCUAUGUUGUUCGAUUUAAAUACAUCUGGUAGAGGCCAAUGUUGUUCAGUUAGAUUUAAAUAUAUCUGGUAGAGGCCUAUGUUGUUCGAUUUAAAUACAUCUGGUAGAGGCCAAUGUUGUUCAGUUCGAUUUAAAUACAUCUGGAAUAGGCCUAUGUUGUUCAGUUCUAUUUAAAUACAUCUGAUAGAAGCCUAUGUUCAGUUUGUCAAACUAGCAUCAGAUUCAGACUCAAGUAGGCAUCUGUUGUUUAAAAAAUUAAAUGAAAGCUAAAUGUAAACUACCAUAGAACAAGGCAAAAGUUUAAUAAAUAACAGGAAGCAUAAAAUAAAUUACAUAAAUCUGACCUUUAAAAAAAAUAAUAAUUGUGUCCUUUAAUUCAUGGCUCGUUGAUUUGAUGGAAUGGAUUCUAUUGGUGCAGUGUAUCCCAAAUGGCCAAUA